AGGUAAAAAACACAUAUUAUUGGCGAUAUGUGCUGUACUCGCGAAAUUUCAUGUUAACACCACAUUUUUACCAGAUGUUCUUAUUUUAUUAUCAUCAAAGUUUCGGUACCAAAGCUUUCAUCUAAGACAUCUUUAAUGCCAUUAUUUUUACUGAGUAUCCCACACUUUUUAUGAUUGUUUUCCACCUAAUCAUGACCUUGCAUUCCGUUUUUUUACAAAGUGGUAUAUAUUUAUGCUAAUUGAAAAAACAUAAAUUACGCUUAAACACAAUACUUACUAGAAUAGAAUUAGACACUGAUUGUCAGACUAAACCGGCCUUUAUAUUAAUCUCAAGGUGCCAAUUACUGGUACAAACAACUUGUCUGUAAAUACAUCACAUUAUUAUUGAUUUCUUCAGUAAAACGAGACAAUGGAUAAUUUGAAUGGGAAGUCAGUUGGACAUUAUCAAGGUUUCCAUACGGAAUCAUAGCCUCACAUAUAAAUAAGAAUAAGGAAGUAAAACCAGUUUCAUUAUGUUCUGUAUCACGUCCGAUGUAGUACGAAUCACCUUAAUAAUUAUGCUCAAAAUAACAUAUUUCACAGACGGUUAAACAUGACGGUUUAUGUUAUAUAUUUAGUGAUCGCAGUGAACAGUGUUGCAACUAACGCACUUUUCAUACCAAGAUCUUUGCCUGAAGAUGCUCUUCUGAACUUUACUGGACUGAGUGAAAAAUACGGACAUAAGGCUGAAGAACAUAGUGUUGUAACUGAAGAUGGUUAUGUUUUGACACUGUUUCAUAUAUCAGGAAAGAGGAAACCUCCAGUUUUGUUAUUACACGGUAUACAUGAUACAGCAGACACUUAUAUUUUAAGGGGAAAGAGUUCUUUAGCGAUCACAUUAGCGAACACAGGCUAUGAUGUCUGGGCAGGAAAUACUAGAGGCAAUAAAUACAGUAGGCGACAUAUCAAACUUAAUCCAGACACAGACCCGACAUUCUGGGACUAUUCUUUUCAUGAGCAUGGAGUAUACGAUCUUGCUGCUAUAACUGACUAUGUUUUGAAUGCAACAGGAGAACAGAGCUUACAAAGCAUCGGACACUCUGAAGGAACGACUAAUCAUUUUGUAUUAGGAUCGCAACGACCUGAAUACAAUGAUAAAUUUAGACUCUUCAUAGCACUAGCUCCUGUGGCUUUCCUAAGCAAUUUGAUAUUACCCGUGUCUGCAGCAACUGAACUUGGUCCUUUAAUAAACCAAGUAUUACUUGCUUUGAAAAUCGAAGAAUUAAUCAAUGAGAAAGGAAUCGAGAAAAAUCUUCUAGAUUUGAUCUGCAAUAAGGAAGACAUUGGAUACGAAUUGUGUUUUAAAGGACUUAUACUACAAGGUGCAGGUUAUGAUCCUAAACGUAUCGAGCCGGAAUUUUUCCCGACUGUUCUAGGACAUUACCCUGCGGCAGGUUCAAGGAAAAGUUUGCUACAUUACGCCCAAGUAGCUUUAAGCAAACGCUUCGCACUUUUUGAUUAUGGCCCUGAAGAGAAUAUAAAACGCUAUGGAUUUAAAGUGCCUCCUGAUUAUAAUCUUAGACAGGCUACUAUGAAAACAGCACUUAUAGUGGGGAGAAAUGACAACUUGUCCAGAGUUCGAGACGUGGAAUAUUUACGCUUUCUUCUUCCGAACAUUGUCGAGUAUCAUUUGAUGAGGCAAAAAAGAUGGAACCAUUUAGAUUUCGUCUGGGGCAAUGACAUGCCGGAGACCUUGUUUCCUCACAUAGUAUCGUUAUUAGAGAAAUAUAGCUGAAAAAGAGAACCAAUAGCUUUGGAAGACCCAAAAAUAGUUUUACUUAGAAUGGGACAGCUAAGGAAAUCUGCUGCUAUUGAUUUCCAGUCAAUAAGAAAGACUAGCCGAAGUACGUAAAAGCAAGGACUGUGAAUAUUAUUGAUGAUUCAAAUUAGUGCAUAGUGUACAGUGAUACGGAAUUAGAAAGAGUAAGCUGAAAAUAUUUCGAAUAAUAUCAUGUGAUUUAGAAACUUACUCGUGACAAUAUUUGGGCCGAUUUUUAGUAUAGUUAUCUUUUUUUUUUAUAUAAUUUGGUAAGCAUGAAGAACUGCUGUCUUGGUGGAAUAAACACGAAAUCCCGAUUUGGGAAAAAAAUAUGUAAUUUCAAAAAGUAUUGAAAUCUGAUGAAAAAAAUGCAACAAAAUAAAAAUCGGCCCAUUUAUGUUAAUGAGUAGGUGGGUCUAAAUUUUUUUCGUUGUCUUGUUUCUGUCACGCUUAACAAUAAAAAGUAGAGUGCUAUUUCAUGUAUUUAUAAGACACAAAGAAAAGGAAAGAAACAGUUAUUUCAACAUUUACUUAAACACAGAUUAUAAAAAAUUGGAUAAAAUCUGGGAUUAGAUUACAGGAAAUUUUCACAGACCACUUCGUUCGUUAGUUCUGUCUCUCUCUAUAUCACUCGAAUAUGCAAGAGGGGUUCACAUGUAAAUUCGAAUGUACAACACUUUUUUUUUAGUAGUAAUGUAUUGUAUGCAUAAUUAUAAUGCAUAUUCACCACUUGUGACAGUUAUGACGUCGCGUCAGUAAGUGCAACAUUUUGAAUAAAACCAAGGUAAUUGCGUGCUGAAUUAUUCAACAAGGAAAAAUCAAAAUCAUCCUUUUCAGUAAAGCAUAUGUAUGAAAGUUAAUUCAUACCCUAACUACCUUAAGAAUAUGUUGCUGAUCAAAAAUACACGCUGUAUAACGAAAUUUCUAUUAUCGAUGUUCGCGGUAAACUCUCUGUGAACUUCAUUAGCAGUACAUCGCUGUUUUUCACGGAUAUCACGGAAACAAACACCUUUUAAAAAUCAGUGUCAAUGCCAAAUGUAACAUUACACAUUUAUGGAUAACAUGGAAAUUAUUCAAGUUUUAAUUUGACGAGCUGCACAGAAAACUAGACAACAUCAGAGACAAGUAUGUAACAAAGACUAUCUAUCUCAAAUACGCUUUUCUCUUCGUUGGUGUAGAACUUGUAGAGCGUGUUACCGCACGCCACUUUAGGGUCAUAUCUUAACGGGUCGCCGCGGUAGACGCAACUAGUCGCCGGCCACCAACAAAAUGUGUACAGCUAUACAUAAAUAUUAUAGGGACAUUGAGGUAUCUACAAGUACUUUAGUGAAACAACCGGAUCUGAUAGAUGCUCGUUUAUUACUGGUUUUUGUACAUUACAAGUAGCCGCGCCUGUGUGCGCGCGGACGCACACAUGCAAAUACACCACAGACAUUCUUACACAAAUUGACUAAGUCCCACGGUAAGUAAGAAGGCGUGUGUUGUGGGUACUCAGUCAAUGAUAUUUGUACCUAUAUAAUAUACAAAUACUUAAAUACAUAGAAAACAUCCAAAACUCAGGAACGAAUAUCAGUGCUCAUCACACAAAUAAAUUACCUUACCAGGAUUAUAGGCAUAGGCAGGGUCACUAUCCACUAGGCCAGACCAGUCGACAAACCGGCCGGUCGUAUAUGAAAGUUAGGUCACAUGGUGUUCGCUAGAUAUGAUAGAGCGGUGAGAUGUGGCCCCUAGACCAGCACGUACCAUCGUGACACAGUGCAUUUACUAAUGCUCGUUGAAUCCAGGAAACUCCACAUUCUUUGGGCCGUAAUGUUCUGUGCCUCAUAGGGUUGCAACGCGCCGCCCAAUUUAGGUCCUUUUUUGACAUUAGCUGUCUUUAGUAUUAUCUAAUCUCUUAUAACAUUAGUAAGAUUAUGUAAUUCACCGACGAUAGUGUUAAACAUGUGAUCAUUCAAACGUUAAGGUCAUUGUUCCUUUGUUUUUGAAAUAUGAUUAUAAUUCACAUUAAAUAACGUUCAAUUUUAUAUUUUGUUCAACAGAUGACGUAUGUUGUUGACGCAUGAUUGUUUAUUUUUUAUUAACCGAGUUCAAAAACGAGGAGGUGCUUAUUUAUUUCUUUUAUUUUUCGGAAUUUUUGAUUUUUAUUACGGUAUUUAAUACAGUUAUUACAGUAAUAGAGCAAAAUCCCAGAGCCGGCAGACCUUACUUAUUUUUAGGGCUCGCGGUCGUGUCCGUGAUUCGUGAACCCGUAGCCGUGCGCCCGGUUUCGUGAUUCACGGCAACGGUUUUAUGGUCCGUUCCGCACGUGACAUUCGGCUACGUGAAAUUAGGGUACGUGAAUCCGUGUAGAUCCGUGUAGGCGUGAUCACGGCUUCACGUAUCUUAAGAACACGCCGGUUCGGUCCGCCCGCGACGUUGAGUGAAGAUACGAUGCGGUCUCUAAGAGCUACGAAUAAAUAUUUAUCAUGAAUUUUUUAUUCAUAGCUCUAAUUUCGUUUCAUUACUUUUCAAUUAAAAUUUAUUUCCAAUAGUAAGGCUUUGUAAAACCUUCGCUGGUCUCAGGUGUUGUCGAGGUGAUAAAUAAGAGUGGACUGUAUAGUAUAGACGCUGGUUUACUCCCAAAAUUACAAAAUACAAAAGGUGACAAAGUGAAUAGUCGUUGGGGGAUUGGACAAUAACGGUAAGUUUUUGAAAGCUCUGUAAACUGUCAACGUUUUU